CAAAUACGUGGUUAACGACAUUCAAUCAGUGACUAGUAACAAAUACAAAGGCGUUUUUAUAAAUUGAUAUAAUAUACGUAGAUUUCCGUAUGAAAUACAUCAGUGUAUGAAAUCAUAAGCAUAAAAAAUAGUGGAUGAUUCACGUGACAAUUGUCAGGUGUCAAAGAACAAUUAACCUGAAAUAAUAUUGAUAAAAAGUAUUUAUAUUAUUGGACUAGUGAAUCAACGUGUGUGUUGUAGGAUGUUUCAGAGAUCACCAAAUUUCUAUCAAUUACUCGAUAAAGCUACAAGCCAUUUGCAUCUCGACCCUGACUGGCCGACGAUUUUGCAAAUUUGUGAUCUUAUACGUCAAGGAGAUAUACAGCCAAAACCAGCUCUCGCGGCGAUAAAAAAAAAAAUCACCAACUCUAAUCCUCACGUAUCUCUCUUUGGUCUUCUUGUAUUAGAGUCAUGUGUUAAAAAUUGUGGAAGUUUAAUCCACGAUGAAAUAGGUACUAAGCAGUAUAUGGAACAGUUGAAAGAACUGGUUAAAACUACAAUUCACGACGACGUUAAAAGUAAAAUACUUGGAUUAAUUCAAGCUUGGGCGUUUGCUUUUAGGAAUAGUCCUAAAUAUACUGCUGUUAAGGAUACUAUGAACAUAAUGAAAGCCGAAGGUUACGUAUUUCCCGAACUAAAAGAGAGUGAUGCAAUGUUCAGCGCAGAUACAGCACCCGAGUGGGCUGAUGGAGAAGUUUGCCAUCGGUGUCGUGUUGCCUUUGGCAUGGUACAACGUAAACACCACUGUAGAGCUUGCGGGCAAGUUUUUUGCGGUCAAUGUUCUAGUAAAACAUCGACGUUGCCGAAAUUUGGCAUUGAAAAAGAAGUAAGAGUUUGUGAUUCUUGUUACAUUGUGAUCAAUAAACCCAGCAGUGCUUCCACGAAAGAAACUGAUUUGCCAGUCGAGUAUUUGAGCAGUUCACUUGCUCAGCAGCAACAAGUACCACCACGGAAGUCAGAAGAAGAAUUGCGUGAAGAAGAAGAAUUACAGUUAGCCUUGGCAUUAAGUCAAAGUGAAGCUGAACAAAAGGAAAAAGAUAAAAAACGCGUUACAAAUGCAUACAAAAAUAAUUCUACAAUAUCUCGGGCAACUUAUUCCCCUCCACCGUCACCAGGUCCUAGUCCUUCAAAAAUUCACGAGGAAGAAACCGACCCAGAGUUGGCCAAGUAUCUCAACCGAAAGUACUGGGAACAAAGACAAAUAGUGAAUGAAGAACAAACUGGAGGUUCACGUGCUGAUGUAACGAGUCCAUCUGCUCCUAAUAUCGGUAGUCCGAUGCCCCAGCGGAUUGUUGUAGCCAAGCAGCAGAAUGGCGACAUCGACGUCCACUUGGAUGAGUUUGUUAGCAACUUGCGAUCACAGGUCGAAAUAUUUGUCAAUAGAAUGAAGAGUAAUUCAUCACGAGGCAGAUCAAUCGUCAACGAUAGCUUCUUCCAGAGUUUGUUCAUGAAUAUCACCGCUAUGCAUUCUCGACUGCUGAAGUACAUUCAGAAACACGACGACACGCGAGUCUACUAUGAAGGUCUGCAAGACAAGCUAGCGCAAGUAAAAGACGCAAGAGCUGCGCUGGAUGAUUUACGCGAGGAACAUCGCAAUAAGUUGCGUCGUGAAGCUGAAGAGGCUGAAAGACAGAAGCAGAUGCAAAUGGCGAUGAAGUUGGACAUCAUGAGGAAGAAAAAGCAAGAGUAUUUGAACUACCAGCGACAGCUGGCUUUGCAGAAGAUCCAGGAACAAGAACGAGAGCUUCAGAUGAGACAAGAGCAGCAGAAGCAACAGAACAUGAUGGGUGGGUAUCAAACGGUUCCUAAUUAUAUGGGACCGUCUCAAGGAUCGCCGAUUCGUCAUGUACAGUAUCAAGUUCCAGGUACUCAUUACAACCCAAUGUCUCCGACGAGCCAAAGUGUUUAUUCAUACGGUCCCUCGUCUAUGGGUCCGUAUCCGAUUCCUAAUUAUUCAAUGUCGCAAAUGGGAUCUCUUCCUCCUCAUUUGAUGGCUAAUAUGCCGGCUACUCAAGAUCAAUCGCAAUCUGGUCCCAAUGAAUCUAUGAUUCAACAGAGAGAAAAUAUGGCUCCUGCAUCGCAACCUGGAAUGAUGCCAAUGACAAAUGUACCAUCGAUGACACAAAUCCCUGGAGCUGGAUCUCACCAGAUGACAUUCCCAGGUCAACGCGGACCAUCAGCAGGACACAUGCCACCUCGCAUUGGUCCUCAGUCAGCUGACAUUUCUCAAGCAGUGCCUCCGGCGGGUGCUUCUCAAAUUAGGUCAAGUCAAGCUGGGAUGCACGGUCCUCCGGGACACAUGGGAAUUCCUCAAGCGCCGGGUAGUGCCCAAAUACCUCAAGGAAUUCCGCAACAGAUGCCUCAGCAUGUCACAGCGGGUAGCAAUAUUCCACCGUCACAAGCUCCAGGAUCAAUUCAAAUGCCUGGUGGCGGUGGUGGUGGUGGUACCAACGGCGCUUCUCCGCAGAUUUCUCAAACCCAAAUUCCAUCUCAACCUAUCCAAUAUCCAGUCUCGGUUGUCUCUACAGUUCCAUCAGCACAAACAGAACCGCGCCAGAAUGACGUUAAAAAGAAUGACGAUAAUACCGCUGAGCUAAUAUCUUUUGACUAAAGAGCACUUGCAUUUUUAUUAUUAUAAUUAUUAUUCUCAUUAUUAUUAUUAUUACUAUGCAAAAUAUUUCCGAGAUAUUCGUAUUAACAUUUAUGUAUGCUAUCAUUAUUAUGAUAUAAUUAAAAUUAUUAUUCAUUAUUUA